CUUUAGUGUACUUCAGUCUCAGGAUACAGUAAGCUUGUGUCUGACCUGACACCACUCCACCACCACCAUGUGUGACGACGAAGUGAGCCCCCUCGUGGUCGACAAUGGCUCCGGGAUGGUCAAGGCCGGCUUCGCCGGUGAUGACGCUCCCCGAGCUGUGUUCCCCUCCAUCGUCGGCCGACCUCGUCACCAGGGUGUGAUGGUCGGCAUGGGUCAGAAGGAUGCCUACGUCGGAGACGAGGCCCAGAGCAAGCGAGGUAUCCUGACUCUCAAGUACCCCAUCGAGCACGGCAUCAUCACCAACUGGGACGACAUGGAGAAGAUCUGGCACCACUCCUUCUACAACGAGCUCCGCGUUGCCCCUGAGGAGUCCCCCGUCCUGCUCACUGAGGCCCCCCUCAACCCCAAGGCCAACCGUGAGAAGAUGACCCAGAUCAUGUUUGAAGUUUUCAACACUCCCGCCAUGUACGUGGCCAUCCAGGCUGUCCUGUCCCUGUACGCCUCUGGCCGUACUACUGGUAUCGUGCUCGAUACUGGUGAUGGUGUUACCCACACCGUCCCCAUCUAUGAAGGUUACUGCCUUCCCCACGCCAUCCUGCGUCUCGACCUCGCUGGCCGUGACCUGACUGCCUACCUCACCAAGAUCAUGACUGAGCGCGGCUACUCCUUCACCACCACGGCUGAGCGAGAAAUCGUUCGUGACAUCAAGGAGAAGCUUUGCUAUGUCGCUCUUGACUUCGAGAGUGAGAUGAACGUGGCUGCUGCCUCCUCUUCCCUCGAGAAGUCCUACGAGCUUCCCGACGGUCAGGUCAUCACCAUCGGCAACGAGCGCUUCCGCUGCCCCGAGUCCCUCUUCCAGCCUUCCUUCCUGGGUAUGGAAUCUGUCGGCAUCCACGAGACCGUCUACAACUCCAUCAUGAGGUGCGACAUUGAUAUCAGGAAGGACCUGUUCGCCAACAAUGUGCUGUCUGGCGGCACCACCAUGUACCCUGGUAUUGCUGACCGCAUGCAGAAGGAAAUCACUGCUCUUGCUCCUCCCACCAUCAAGAUCAAGAUCAUUGCUCCUCCUGAGCGCAAGUACUCCGUAUGGAUCGGUGGCUCCAUCCUGGCUUCUCUGUCCACCUUCCAGACCAUGUGGAUCACCAAGGAAGAGUACGACGAGUCCGGCCCCGGCAUUGUCCACCGCAAGUGCUUCUAAGAAGUUCAUCUGUAGUUUAACAUCAAACGACGCCGAUAUGCCACAAUAUUCCACUAUUGCAUUUUUGCUCAUAGGUAUAGUUAUUCACUAGCACCUCGAAAUCAUUGUUCAAAAUAACGCUAGAGUUCGGAACAGCAAGGGAAGGAUCAAACAAGGCGCAUUUCGGUUCUUGACUUCAUGCACAUAUGAGGUGUCAUUUUUUUCCUAUGAAGAUCAACGGUUAAUAAAAAAAAUCUUUUCGUU